AUGUCGCCCACCUAUACCAUGUCUGCACACCUGUGCAAACAAAUCCAGAAGUCGUUCCAGACGCGUCAGACUUCACCCGAGCUUCUAAGCCCAACCGCUACAUACCUACCGACAUACCUGCGCCGGUCACCUUCGCCCCAGCCUGAAAAGCGCACCAGUGUAGACAGUGAUCGCAGCGACGCUAGCACUCACUCCGUUUCGUCAAGUUCGAGUUCGAGUUCGAGUUCGACCUAUGAUUAUCAGCGAGAAACAUCCGGAGGGAGAUGUGGAGAUAUUAGCGAUGACGUACCGGCGACUGGAGAAUUGAUACCCCUUUCUUAUACCGAGAAUUAG